AUGGACGAUAUCAAACGAGAAAUACUAAACGAUCUUUUUCGAUUAAUAAAUGAAAUAAUUGAUGAUUCAAUUGAAGAUGACGUAUUAGACAAAAUGGAAAUAUAUGUUGAUCAUAUGCUUGAAGUAAUAGCUUCUUAUGAGAGUCAACAAGUAUCAUCGUCGUCAUCACCACCACUAAGUAUUCCACACCAACAGCAACAAAUAAAUAAUAGAUUUUUCAAUGAUGCUUAUCAAGGAACUAGUAAAAUUUUCAUUAGUGAGCAAAAAUAA